GCGGCCUCCGAGCUGACGUCCCUGGUGUACGAGGCGCAGUCCUCGCGCGUGGCGGUGGGGCCAGGACGGGGUUUGGCGCUGCUCCUCGCCUGCCUCGCCAGCGCCGCCUGCUGGGCCGCGGCAAGCCACGCGCGCGCCGCCCUCGCCGCCGGCAGCGAUCUCCGGGGGCACGAGCGCCC